CAUACCCAAUCUAACCCUAACAUCAUUGCACCUCCUUCAAGGCAGUCAACAAAAAUCCGAAUCCAAACACACCGUCUGUCUCUCUCGCUCGCUCUCCCCCUUCUGCUAUUCUCUUUCUCUCUCUAAAACCCUUGGCUUAUCUCUCUUCGCAUGCUCUGCUUCCAUGGCGGUGGAAGCUUCGAGAUCGAGCUCGUCGGCCGAUUCCUACAUCGGGAGCUUGAUUAGUUUGACAUCCAAAAGCGAGAUCAGGUACGAGGGCGUUCUCUACAACAUCAACACCGAGGAGUCCAGCAUCGGAUUGCGAAACGUAAGGUCAUUUGGUACAGAAGGACGAAAGAAGGAUGGUCCCCAAGUCCCUCCAAGUGACAAAGUUUAUGAGUACAUCCUAUUUCGUGGAAGUGACAUCAAGGAUUUGCAGGUUAAGUCUUCACCUCCUGUUCAGGCUACACCACCUAUAAACAAUGACCCUGCUAUUAUUCAGUCUCACUAUCCUCGCCCAGCUACCACAUCUGCAAGCUUGCCAUCUACUGUUAGUGGGCCUUUGCCAGAUCUUAGUUCCCACAAUGCACAGUUGGGACUUCCUGGGUCAACUUUUCAAGGUGGUCUGCCUUUAUAUCAACCUGGAGGGAAUUUAGGAUCCUGGGGCCCUGCACCGCCUCCCCCUACCGCAAAUGGCAGUGGCCUUACCAUGCCUAUGUAUUGGCAAGGAUACUAUGGUCCCCCAAAUGGGCUUCCUCAUUUACACCAACAAUCUUUGCUUCGGCCCCCACCUGUUCUGUCAAUGCCUCCAAUGCAAUAUCCUGGUUUCAAUGCCUCUUUACAGCCAGGAGCUCCAAAUUUGCCUGGUUCGAAUCUACCGGAAUAUUCUUCUCCUUUGCUUCCAACCAGUAGUGGUUCCCUUAAUUUAACCUCUACUUCUUUAUCACCAUCUACUCUGCCUUCAAAUCUGCCUUCAAGUAUGCCUUCAAUUCUGCCUUCAAGUAUGCCUUCAAUUCUGCCUUCAAGUAUGCCUUCAAUUCUACCUUCAAGCAUGCCUUCAAUUCUGCCCUCAACUCUGCCUUCUGCAUUGCCUCCUGUACCAUCUGCUGCUUUAGCUUCUGAAACCUUAUCCAGUUUGAUGCCAAAUAAGGUUCCUAAUCCUACUCUUCCUUCAGUAACACUAGGUAUUAGCUUGCCAUUAGUCACUCCUUUGAAUACAUCCAGUUCGGAGAUAAAUGCUAUUGCACCACCAAUUUCUAACAAGCCUAAUGCAGUUUCUGGUCCAACAUUGCCUUAUCAAACCAUAUCUCAGUCAAUUCCCUCUGUUGGGACAUCUAGUCCAAAUCAUCCAGAAAUAGCAGCACCUUCACUGGUAACCCCAGGUCAGUUGUUGCAGUCUGGACCAACCACAAUUUCUUCAUCUCCGUCUUCACAAACAGCUCACAAGGAUGUGGAGGUGGUUCAGGUAUCAUCAUCAGCCUCACAAGAAUCAUCAGUUCCGGUGUCAGCAGAAGCUCAGCCACCGAUAUUACCUCUACCAGUACCUUCUCGAACUGUUCAAAAGUUGAAUGGUGCUCCUUUCCAAGGUCGUCAUGGUUACCGGGGACGUGGAAGAGGAACAGGGGGCUCACGUCCAGUGACAAAAUUCACUGAGGAUUUUGAUUUCAUGGCAAUGAAUGAGAAAUUCAAGAAGGAUGAAGUAUGGGGUCAUCUUGGUAAAGGUAAUAAAUCUCAGUCAAGGGACAAAGAAGUUGAUGGAAAAGUCAGCGAUGAAGAUGAUUACGAAGAUGAAGAUGAUGCUGAAUUACCAAAGUUUGAGGUCAAGCCCAUCUAUAAUAAGGAUGACUUCUUUGAUUCCCUCUCUUGUAAUGCCCUUGACCAUGAUUCACAUAAUGGAAGGACUAGGUUCUCCGAACAAAUGAAGAUUGAUACCGAGACUUUCGGUGAUUUUCCUAGACAUCGGGGUGGUCGAGGUGGGCGUGGGCCCAAUCGUGGAGGGCGUGGUCGGGGUCCUUAUUAUGGAAGGGGUUAUGGCUAUGUUGGGAGGGGCCGUGGACGGGCUAUGCCCAGUCGUGGUCCCUAAGUGGUGCUUGGUAUCUCUUAACGUUAUACUACUAGGUAAAACCCAUAGCCCAAUUGCUCAGCAAAGCAUCAAACUGAUUUAGGACUAUGCUUGUAAUGUCUGUUUUUUCUUUUUUUUUUUUUUUCUUUUUCCUUUUCCUCUCUGGGUUGUCUAGAAAUAAGAGUAUGAUAUGCUUUGUGGUUUUCUGACUUGGUUAAUUUGUUGUCUUUGAAUAACAAUCCUUUCCUGGAGCUAAUCAAGAAGCAUUUGGUUUUGCGGUUAAUGUUAGUA